AUGCCACAAUUGAUUGAUCCAGAACAAAGCAGUGUGUUAUACAGAAUGGCUACUUUAGAGGAGGUAAAGAAGGCUAUAUUCAAUCUAAAUGGUGAUAGUGCUAGUGGACCUGAUGGAUUUUCGGGGAUCUUUUAUCAGGCAUGCUGGGAUAUUGUUGGCACACAUGUAUUCAAGAUGGUAAUAGCUUUCUUUGAGGGGCAUACUCUUCCUAAGUCUAUCACACAUACUAAUAUGAUUUUACUUCCCAAGAAGGAGAUGGUGAAUACUUAUUCAGACUUAAGUCCUAUACGUAUGAGUAAUUUCAUUAACAAAGUUAUGUCAAGGAUCAUUCAUGAUAGAUUUGAAGAUGUGUUGCCACAGUUAAUAUCCAUCAACCACUCUGGUUUUGUGAAAGGGAGGAGCUUCUUCCACUCAACUAGAGGGGUGAAACAAUGUGACCCUUUGUCACCUGCUCUAUUCAUUCUAACAGCUGAGGUGUUAUCUAGAGCUUUAAAUGCAUUAUAUGAUGAUUCUAGUUAUGUGGGAUAUGGAGUACCAAAGUGGAGUCAUAAUCUGAACCAUCUAUCAUAUGCUGAUGACACUAUAAUCUUUGCAUCAACACACAAGGAGUCUCUAGGCAAGAUUAUGAAGAUUUUACAAGGAUAUGAAACUACUUCAGGACAACUUAUUAAUAAGGAUAAGAUUGCAUUCUAUAUGUAUCAGAAGGUUGCAGAUAAUUUUGUGCAACAAGUGGCUCAAAUAACUGGUUUUUCAAGAGAUCAGUUUUCUUUGAAGUAUUUGGGCUGUCAAAUCUUCCAUGCUAGAAGAAAGAAGGUAUAUUAUAAUGAGCUUAUUAAGAAGGUGAAAAAUAAGCUGCAGAACUGGAAAGAAAGGCUACUGUCCUAUGGUGGGAAAGCAGUUAAUAAGGAAGAAGGCAAAAGCAGGCAUUGGGUAGCAUGGGAUAACGUUUGUUUACCAAAGGAGGAAGGGGGAUUGGGUUUUAGAUCAUUAUAUGAUGUCUCUAAUGCAUUGUUUGCAAAGCUAUGGUGGAGAUUCAAAACUACAAAUUCACUUUGGUCCACAUUCAUGUGGAACAAAUACUGUAAGAGAUUGAGACCUACUGAAGUGCAAUGGAAAGGAGGAUCACAAGUGUGGAAGAAAAUGCUGGAGGCUAGGGAUCAAACUGAGCAACAUAUUUGGUGGGAACCAAUGAAUGAAGAAUUCAAUGUCCUUUGA